AGGUCCGAAACGGACGUUUUACAUCGCAAUAAAAUACAGAUUAUUUUAUUCCACCUUAAUUCAGUUUAGUUUUCAAUUAAUUUUUCUGUGUAGUGCAGUUGAAAGUCCCAAGUACUUAAAAGGGAUCCAGAUAUUCCCGUAACGGCUGGACAGAUUUUGAUGGGACCUUGACAAGCAGAUCAAUACAGGAGUGUCAAGAUGACGAUGUUGUUUGUGUUAAGCAUAUUUUUCCUUAUCGCAGUUCAAGAUGGAAGUUCGUUGGACCAAAGCAAUCUCGCCGAAGGAGACCGGUGCGUGGUGAAGCACACGAACACUGUCGGCGUCUGCACGCCCGCUUCCACUUGUCAGAACACCCGCAAUGAUUACCAAAUCAACGGAAUCCGCCCAACAUUCUGCUCGCACAACUUCGACACCAUCUUGGUUUGCUGCACAGAUAACAGCAACAUUUUCAACACAGGUGGAGGGUGGAACUACGAUCGCCGGCCAGUGUGGAACAACUUUGGUUCAGCCAACAGAAAUAAUAUGAGACUAAGCGAGAAGAAAUGCGAGGAAUACAGUCGCCACGUCACCCAGACGGUGGGCUUCAUUACGCUGGACGUGGAGCCCGAGAAAAUGACCAUUUCCGCGCCUAAAUGCGACUACAAUGGCGUCGAGCUGAUUGUGGGGGGAGAAAACGCUAACCAAGGGGAAUUCCCGCACAUGGCUGCACUCGGCUGGGUGGACGCGGUGGGAAACUACGUGUUCCAGUGCGGCGGAAGCCUCAUCAGCUCGCGGUUUGUGCUCACCGCUGCACACUGCACCCACACUCCCAACAAGCUCCUGAGGGACCCCAAGCCGCAAAUAGUGCGGCUCGGUGACCAGAACUUGAACAACAACGUGCGCGACAAUGCCAGUCCCAUCGAAGUACCCAUCAAAACUAUCCACAAGCAUCCCAACUAUGUUUCGCCAUAUAAAUACUACGACAUAGCGCUGCUCGAGCUAAAUGCUGAUGUGGACUUCGAAGACAACAUUCGACCGGCUUGCCUUUGGACCAAGCCUGACUUCACGGGGUACACCAAGGCCAUAGCGAUCGGUUGGGGCGUUGUCGAUCCGCAGCAACCAACUAAAACCUCAGACGAGCUAAAAAAGGUGUCACUGAGUUUGCUGGAAAACCAUUUCUGCAACGUCACCCUGAAGGACACAUUCUUCCGGCUCUGGAAAGGCUUCAGCGACGAGCAGCUAUGUGCCGGCGAGCUUCGUGGAGGUCAAGACACGUGCCAGGGUGAUUCCGGAUCGCCGCUGCAAGUGGCAUCACGUGCGAAUAAGUGCAUUUUCCAUGUUAUCGGCGUCACGGCAUUCGGACGUCAAUGUGCCAAGUCCGGGAAGCCAGCGGUUUACACCCGCGUGUCCAGUCACCUGGACUGGAUCGAAGGACUUGUAUGGCCAGGGGAGCAGUGAACAGUGAUUUCUAAUCAUUAAUACAAUUUUAAUAAUUCUAUA